CCAUACGAUUCUCUCUCACUCUCUUCUUCAAGUGAAGACACUCUCUCCGUGUCUCUCUCUCUGAUCUUUGAUCUUUGAUCUCAUCCGCCAUGGUCAACGCUAAGAAACUUCCCUUACAAACCAGCAGUAACGCCAAUGUCUUGCCUUCAGAAGGAGGUGUUCCAGGAAAAACAAUCGAAGAAACAUACCAAAAGAAGACGCAGCUCGAACACAUCCUUCUUCGUCCUGAUACUUACAUCGGAUCUAUCGAGAAACACACUCAGUUGCUUUGGGUUUACCAAAAUGACGAAAUGGUUCACCGAUCUAUUUCUUAUGUACCGGGUCUUUACAAGAUCUUUGAUGAAAUCCUUGUAAAUGCUGCCGAUAACAAGCAGAGGGAUCGAUCGAUGGAUUCCGUGAAGGUUGUUAUAGAUGCAGAGCAGAAUCUUAUAAGUGUUUAUAAUAAUGGGGGUGGGGUUCCUGUUGAGAUUCAUCAGGAGGAAGGUGUUUAUGUGCCUGAAAUGAUCUUUGGACAUCUUCUUACUAGUAGCAACUAUGAUGAUACGGAAAAGAAGACGACUGGUGGUAGGAAUGGGUAUGGUGCUAAGCUGGCGAAUAUCUUUUCCACUGAGUUUGUUAUUGAAACUGCUGAUGGGAAAAGAUUGAAGAAGUAUAAACAGGUGUUCUCCAACAACAUGUUGAAGAAGUCAGAACCUGUCAUAACUAAGUGCAAGGAUAGUGAGAAUUGGACAAAGGUCUCAUUCAAGCCAGACUUGGCCAAGUUCAACAUGGAUCAUCUUGAGGAGGAUGUUGUUUCUUUGAUGAAAAAACGUGUAUAUGAUAUAGCAGGAUGCCUUGGAAAGACAGUGAAGGUUGAACUAAAUGGUCAGCGCCUCCCUGUGAAAACUUUCCAAGACUAUGUUAAUCUCUAUCUUGAAUCUGCGUCCAAAGACAAACCUGACCAUAUUCUUCCGAGGAUUGCUGAGAAGGUUAACGAUCGAUGGGAGAUAUGUGUGAGCCUCAGUGAUGGACAGUUUCAACAGGUCAGCUAUGUCAAUGGGAUUGCCACUACCAAGGGAGGAACGCAUGUUGAUUAUGUGACUAACCAGAUCACAAAUUUCAUCAUGACCAUUGUCAACAAGAAGAACAAGAAUGCUAAUCUCAAAGCACAUUCAGUAAAAAACCAUUUAUGGGUUUUUGUUAAUGCUCUCAUUGACAACCCUGCAUUUGAUUCUCAAACCAAGGAAACUCUAACUCUUAGGCAAAGUAGCUUUGGAUCUAAAUGUGAACUGUCACCAGAGUUUCUAAAGAAAGUAUCCAAGUCUGGCAUAGUGGAAAACCUUUUGUCAUGGGCAGAUUUUAAGCUGAGUAAGGAUCUAAAGAAAACCGAUGGAACGAAGAGACAACGAAUAACGGGUAUCACUAAGUUAGAGGAUGCUAAUGAUGCUGGAGGGAGGAAUUCAGAUAAAUGUACCUUGAUCUUAACAGAAGGAGAUUCAGCAAAGGCUCUAGCGAUGGCUGGAAUUGCUGUUGUUGGUCGAAAUACUUAUGGAGUCUUCCCGUUGAGAGGUAAGCUUCUCAAUGUGAGGGAAGCAAGCCCUAAGCAAAUAAUGGACAACGCUGAAAUACAGAGUAUAAAGCAGAUUCUAGGACUCCAACAUGGGAAGGUAUAUGACAGUGUGAAAUCAUUGAGAUACGGCCAUUUGAUGAUCAUGACUGAUCAGGAUCACGAUGGUUCCCAUAUCAAAGGUCUUUUGAUCAACUUUAUUCAUAAUUUCUGGCCAUCACUGCUGAAAGUUCCUUCAUUCUUGAUAGAAUUCAUCACACCCAUCUUAAAGGCCACUUUCAAUAAAAAUAAAAAAAGGGUAUUGUCUUUCUAUACAAUUCCUGAGUAUGAAACCUGGAAGGAGAGUCUAGGAGCAAAAGCUAAUGAAUGGACCAUUAAGUACUAUAAGGGACUGGGAACAAGUACAUCAGAAGAAGGCAAGGAGUAUUUUAAGGAUAUCGAUAAGAACAGAAAAGACUUUGUUUGGGCAAAUGAACAUGAUAAUGAUGCCAUAGAACUUGCCUUCAGUAAGAAGAAGAUAGAAGCAAGGAAAAAUUGGCUACGACAGUUUGAGCCGGGGACUUUCCUAGACCAUUCAGAGAAGCUCAUCACAUACAGUGAUUUUGUUAACAAGGAGCUCAUACUAUUCUCUAUGGCUGAUCUUCAGAGAUCGAUUCCGUCAAUGGUUGAUGGCUUGAAACCAGGACAGAGAAAGAUUCUUUUUUGUGCUUUCAAGAAGAAUUUCAUUAAAGAAGCAAAAGUUGCCCAAUUCACUGGUUAUGUGUCUGAGAUGUCAGCAUACCACCAUGGUGAGACGAGUCUCCACAGUACCAUCAUAGGUAUGGCACAGGAUUUUGUGGGAAGCAAUAACAUAAACCUUUUGAAACCAAAUGGUCAAUUUGGCACUCGUCAUCAGGGUGGAAAGGAUAAUGCCAGUGCUAGGUAUAUUUAUACUCAACUUUCUCCCAUCACACGUUUCCUGUUCAGAGAGGAGGACGGUAUUCUUCUGGACUACUUGAAUGAAGAUGGGCAAAUGAUAGAACCUAUUUGGUACAUACCAAUAAUACCAACGGUUCUAGUUAAUGGAAGUGAAGGAAUUGGUACGGGAUGGAGUUCAUACGUUCCCAACUACAACCCAAGGGACAUCGUAGCUAAUGUGAAGCGUUUAUUGAAUGGUGAGGAUAUGGUUCCCAUGGAUCCAUGGUACAAGGGAUUCAGAGGGACAAUAGAGAAAACAUCCACCAAGGAAACUGGAGAUACAUAUACUGUUAGUGGGAUUAUAGAGGAGGUCAAUGAAACUACACUGAAGAUCACUGAACUACCAAUUCGGCGUUGGACUCAGGACUAUAAGGAGUUUCUUGAAUCAAAUAUGACUGGAAAUGAUAAAAUCAAGGAACCCUUUAUUAAGGACUACAGAGAGCACAAUGAUGACACUACUGUUCAUUUUGAAGUGAUUUUGUCUGAAGAGAACUUAGCAAUGGCUAUGCAAGAAGGGCUAUUGAAGAAAUUUAAACUCACGACCACAAUCAGUACAAGCAACAUGCAUCUUUUUGACCGAAAUGGGGUGAUUAAGAAAUAUGAAAAUCCUGAGCAAAUCAUUGAAGACUUUUUUCAUGUGAGGCUUGAAUUCUACGUGAAGAGAAAGAAAGUUCUAAUAGACAAUCUUGAACUGGACUUGUUAAGAUUGGAUAACAAGGUUAGAUUUAUACUUGGCGUUGUGAGAGGAGAAAUCAUCGUCAGCAACAGGAAGACAAAGGAACUCGUCCUUGAAUUGAAGCAAAAGGGUUUUACCCCUUUCCCUAAGAAAAGCAAUAAUGAUGAAUCCAGGGAAGUUAUUGAAACAGAUGAAACUGAAGAAAGUUUAGAUGCAGUUGACAUAAACGACGUUAAGAUUGGUGAUUAUGAUUACUUGUUGUCCUUAACAAUUGGUACCCUUACAUUAGAGAAGGUGCAGAAGUUAUGCUCUGAAAGGGAUAAACUCACCAACCAUUUAGAAGAAUAUAGAAAGACUUCACCAGAGGGUCUAUGGAAGAAUGAUCUUGACGCUCUUGAGAAAAUGCUCAGUGAACAAGAUAAGGCAGAUGGUGAGGCAGAAGUGGCAAGGAAAAAAAUGCAAAACAGGGCUAUGGGAAAUGAAGCAGCUAAAGCCACCAGACAACCUGCUAAGAACCCUAGGAAGUAUACUAAAAAGGCUGCCAGCAGCCCUGAACCAAUGGAAACUAGUGAUUCAAUAGGAAUAGACAAUGCUAUCCCUGAAGUUGUGAAACCGAAAGGAAGAGCAGCUCCAAAGAAAGCUGCCGCUCCUAAAGCAAAGGGAAAAGCAUCUGUUGCGAUUAUUGAAGAAGAAGAUGAUGAAAUGUUGGAGUUAAAAGAUAGACUUGCUGCUUACAACCUCGAUUCAUCCCCUGAUAUUUCCAAAGAUAUGGAAGACAAACCUUCAAAAGCAGCAGCAGUUACGAAGAAAGCACCUACGAAAAGAGCUGUGGCAACUAAGAAGUCUUCGGCAGAUGUUACAGAGAUUUCUGAUGACGAUGAUGAUGAUGAUUUUGAAGAGAAUAAGAAAGGCAAAAAACCAGCAGCAGCCAAACCUCCUGCAGGACCAGCAGCAAAGAAGAGAGGACAGCAGAGUAAAAAAGCUGUUAUAACUGAAUUGUUGAAGAACGAUCUGGCGCCAGAAAGUUCUGUAAUAUCGCCUGAGAAGAAGGUGAGGAAGAUGAGGGCUUCCCCAUUCAACAAGAAAAGUGGAUCUUUAUUGGGAAGGGAUAUUGCUAAUACAAUCGACGAAGGAAAUGGAGAAGAUGCUGAGAAAGAAAAAGAAGAAGAGAGUAGUGCUGAAGGAGUGGCAAUGGCUUCAAGGGCAAGACCAGUAAGAGCUAACAGGGCUAAAGUGCAAUAUGUUUUAAGCAUCGAAUCAGAUAGUGAAGAUUUCUAUGAUGAUGUUGACGACGAAGAAGAUGACUCAGAAUCUGAUGAUUCUACUGUGACUAAUCUUCUUAUUGUUCUUAUUGUUCUUAUGCUUUAUAUUUGUGUAAAACAUUAACCGGAGACAAUUAUGUUUCAUCUCAUAUUUGAACUUUCAAUUCUUGUCUACAACAGUACCCAAAUCUGCAUUUUAUUAUAUAACAAUGUCAAUCCAAUAAAUGUUUUUACUA